UAACAUUUUAAUGAUGCAUUAUAUUGCCAUUUUAGUUAAACAUGAAUGGUGAAGUGUUUUCUUUGGAAAAGCGAAUUGGUCUGUUAGAUAAUACAGUAUAAAAAACUAUUAGUCAAUAAUAGAGUGAAUAAAUAAGUAUCAAUAAUGAGUCACUCGCAAGACAUUAAUAUGCCAGAAAUAAUGGAACUGGUGAGACUUCUUCGCCAGAAUGGUGACAAGAUCUUGAGUGCCUCCAGCAAGCUUUCCUUGUCGACGAAACUGCUACACAAUCUCAAUGAAGCAUUUUCACUGAUUAUAUCAGAAUCUGAAGAUUUGAAUUCUUCAUUUCACGUGUGUAACAGCUCCAAGAUAGAUAUAUUUCGUGAUGUAAAGUUCCUACACGAUUUUGUGCAAAAGACUAUAGGUUUGAAAGUAAUACAUUGUUCAUCUGACAUCAAAGUUACCAUUGACAUCUCCAAAUUUAGACAUUUAAAGUAUUUAGAACUGAAAGAGGUAUCUGUUGAAUUAUUGAAGGGUCUACAGAGUGUCAGAGGUCAGUUGGAAAGUAUUGUGUGUACCGGCAGGAAAGGGAUAUCCACAAUUUAUCAAUUAUUAGCUGAAUGCGGAGGUGAUGCUGGAAUCGGUUUUGUAUGGGCAUCCUUGAGACAUUUGGUGUUGCCUCAUAACGCUCUCAAAUAUCUAGAUGAAUCAUUAGAAUUGGUACCUUGGCUUCAGAUAUUGGAUUUGAGUCAUAAUAUGAUAAUGGAUGCCAAAGAAAUAUCCUAUUUAUCAAACUUGAGAUAUGUGAAUCUAGGUUACAAUAAAUUAGAACAAAUACCUAUAUUUAAUAAGACAGUAUUACAUUCGUUACAAGUAUUGGUUUUGAAAAACAAUUAUAUCGAAAAUUUAAGCGGUCUUCAAGGCUUAGAAUGUUUGACAGAAUUAGACUUGUCUUUUAAUUGUUUAAUGGAGCAUUUGGUUCUCUUGCCACUGCAAAAGAUGUCUACCUUGUUGUGGUUAUCUUUGGAAGGAAAUCCUUUAUCAUAUCAUCCAAAACAUCGAAUUUUGACCAUUAAAUAUUUACAUUCGAGUUUGUCAGAUAGCAAGUUUGUUUUAGAUCAUCUGUCGCUCUCGAAUGCGGAAAAAAUGCUAGUCGCAGAAAAUCGAAUCUUUGCAAUACCUACGAAUCAAUCUACAUCUCUGACCAGCUCAAUAUCUGUAUAUGCUGAUACAAAUGAAUUUGACCAAGACAGAUUAAAUCAUCGAACAAUAUUGUUAUCUGAGAAUCUAGAAAAAAGUGUAACAAGGAGUAAAAGAAGACUAAAUGUCAAAGAAGCAAUUAUUGAUGAAAUCGAUCAGGAAAGAAGAGAAUUUAAGAAAUUGCCUGAUGUAGUGGCAUCGUCUUCUCAUUUAGAGUUAUCAAAGGAUUAUUUGGAAAUAAAGAAACGUAUCUUAGAUCUACGAGAAAAAUUUGGCGAAAAUAAUUGGUUGAGCAGUCACGCAGGAACUUCUGUCCAGCACAUUAUGGGUCUUCAUCCUGCUUCACCAGAAUCUCCAGAAUCGCAAAUAUCUAAAAUAAGGACUUUGGCUAAUAUUAAUACAUCAUCGUCUCUUCACGAUACUCUGAUUUACGCAAUGGAUAACGAAAAAUCUAAUGAAUCGCAAGAAAUUGCAGAAUACAUAGAAGAUGAUAAAGAACUUCCUCAAAAUAAGACCUUGGAUGAUCUUCCGAAGAUAUGCACUGCUUCUAUGAUUGUAUACGAUCCUAAUGAAGAGGCUGGAGACUUAUAUAUCGUUCAGAAAAGGAACAAUGAGAAUGAGAUGGAAAAUGUCUUUCUGGUAAUAACUUCUGAAGAUAUUAAAGAAAGAGAUGCAAUUACUGGAAAAAUAAAAUUUUGUUGGUCAACAAAUUCCUUAUUGUCUUGCGUCUUAGGUAGAAGUGAUCCACCCACAGUUGACAUUAUUUUUGACACUACUAGGAAAGAUAAGGAGAGUAGGCGAUAUUUUGCACAACUAGAUGAUGCAAAGAAAAUUGUAACAACAAUUAGCGAGCAAAUUGAGAUGCGGCCAAUACUACUCAAGAUUUUCAAGUGCAUGAAAUGUUCGACACAAUUCUCACAAGAUCCGGAAUUAUAUGUGGCAUUUGCUAUUAAAUCGAUGACAGGUACAAAAAUCAAAUGUCCUACCUGCGACAGCAGCUUGGUCAUUGAAGUAGAGACACUUUCUAAUGUAGAUAACCAAGUUGUAAAGAGUCAGCUAAUAGACAAUCCAACAAGACUCAACCUGGCACAUUCCGAGUCAUUCUCCAGUAUCGGUGGAAUGGAGGGUGGAGCUAAAUCCAUCACCACUUCUCUGGUGCACUCCGACUCUCACACCCAAACUCAAAUCUGCUGCUCAGCGACAAGUUUAGAUGAGUCAAGGGAAUCAACACCGUCUGCCAAUAUCCUGACGAAGAAAUACGAGAGUGACAUAGAGAUACUCAGUAAUCCAAGUCAGAGCAGCAUAGAAGUUUUAGAUGAAACUCUAAAGGCAAACGUCACACCAAGUCGCAAACGCUCAACGGAGGAAAAGCGUAUCGUAAUCGCUCCUUCUUUAAUAACAAUACCAGAUGCUACGCCGAUCAUGGCAGGCCUAACAGAAAGUAGUUCUUCGGGCUCGUUAACAGACAGCAUAUGCACGGCAUAUGAAAAUAAAAUGGUCAAAUCGAACAUUGAUACGAAAUUCCAUAGUAGCGAUGGUGAAAAGGAAAUAGCAUUUGCUCCUAUGACAAACUUAACAUCGAUGCUGGGAGGCUUGCUACAAAGUAUCAAGAUCGGCAGCAAAACCUUGAAAGGUGAAGAGGCGUCCAACUUUUUUGGCAGUAACGUGCAAUAUUCCUAUACUGAUUUUAGCAGUAUAGAUCAUAGAAUCAAACUGCAUAUCAUUUUAAAUGUAUUUGAGCAUGAGAACGAAGAACUCGUAUUUCUUCUUAAGGCAGACAUUUUGAUGCAUUCUAUGCAAGAAACAUUUUCUGGAUGCUUAGUCUUGUCUACGUCUAAGGUUUAUGUUCUUAGGAUCGAUGGGUCAGAAGGGGAAGAUCCACAGCGUUGGCUUCAUAAGGAAAUUAGCUGGACGACGGACAGAUUGAGAUCUUUUAUACCGCUGCCAUUUAAGCAAGGUGUUUUAAUUGAGUUACAACAGUCUGGGAAAGCCGACGAAGAACAUCUCGCUAUCACCUUGCUUUGUAUUCUGCAAGAUUUCCAAAGAACGUCAAAUUUUUUAUUUUAUAUUACAGAUUUGCAGUUGCCUGCAAGCUGCGAAGUGGAAUUUUCUAUUCCAGAACGUUACAGCAUUUUGAUGCACAACGUACUAACGAAUACUGCAAAUUAUCAGAUAGGGGACAUCAUACGAUUACUAGCAAUAUUUUCCUCCGCAAUCUUAAAAUAUCAAAAUAUUGCUAUUAAGAUGAAACUAUCUGGAUUAAUACUGACGGGUGCAGCGCUGGUGAUACUAAAGGACAACGUCCAAUGGCUUAUACCAAACAGCAAUCAAGUGCCUUUAGUCACUAGAGAACAAGUUAUGAGCAAUUUGAUUGGAAUAGAACAUUGUGACACUUGGUUAACUUUAAAUUUUUUGGACGAAAUUGUGGGCCUUGAGGAAAGUUGGACAUUGGAAUUUGUCUCUUCUGGUGCUGCCGAAGCUGUAAUAAGUUCUAUUCAGCCUCCGUGGGAAAAGUUAUUCUCGAUACCUCUGCAAAUAACACGCAUAACGCAAGAUGAUGCAGAGAAAGCUUAAACAAUACAUAAAUCAAA